GCGGCCAACCAACAUGGCAGCGCACUACGUCGCAAGCUUGUGAGGACGGAGUAUUUGAAUGUUUUCACUUUUUGCAACGAUGUUAGCUUUGUUUGGAGUUAUUUUCCUUUGUGUGGGUAGUCUGUCGAUCUCGGAGAAUACAGUCUCACAGGAUGUCCACAGUCCCACUGAGAACUAUUUGCUGUGGAUGUGGCAACGCAGACUGUACAUUUACUCUGCUGCUGCUCUGCUCUUCGGUUUUUGUUUCUUCCUCCAAGUUGCACGAAGGAAGAUAAACGACACAGAGGAUUCAAAGGCCAACAAAGCUGCAAAAAGCAACAACAGCUCAGAGAAAGAUGCUGAUGUUCAUGUUUCAGGGGUUAAAAUCUUCUAUGGCUCACAAACUGGAACAGCAAAGGGUUUUGCCACAGAGCUUUCAGAGGAGGUGGAGAACUUGGGCAUCUCAGCUCAGGUGAUUGACAUGAAGGUCUACGAUCCAGACGAUCAACUUGUAGACGAGUGUGUCACUAAAUCAGUCUGCGUGUUUCUCGUGGCCACCUACACUGACGGACAGCCCACAGAGAACGCGGAGUGGUUCUGUAAGUGGGUGGAAGAGGCUUCCACUGACUUCCGAUACGGAAUCAAAUUCCUCAAAGGCCUUCGGUACGCAGUGUUCGGCCUCGGCAACUCUGUCUACGUUGGUCACUACAACACGGUGGGUAAAAAUGUGGACAAGUGGCUGUGGAUGCUAGGCGGGAAGCGAAUCAUGAGCAGAGGAGAGGGCGACUGCAACGUGGUGAAGAGUCGAAAUGGUAGUGUUCAGGCAGACUUCCUGGCCUGGAAGGUCAAGUUCCUGAACCGCCUAAAGGCUCUGUCAAAAGGAGAGAAGAAGAGCUGCAGUGGGAACUGUAAGAGUGGAGGAUCCUGUAAGAAUAAGAAGAAACACGGAGCAGAUGAGGAGGAGAAAGCGGCUGUGCAGGAUAACGGCUCUGAGGUGGAUUUAAUUGAAUCCAGCAGUGAGGAUGAAGAGUCUGUCUUGCCAGAUGAGAAAAUAUCCCGUUCUGUGGUAGACGUGGAGGAUCUGGGCAACAUUAUGACUAACAUAAAGAAAGCAAAGGGAGUGAAGGAGGAUCGUGUAGACGGCCAGGUGGUGAAGCUGUCCAAACUGAAUGGCGUAACAAAGACUGAAGAUGAAGAGGAAAGAAGAGAGAUGAUCACCCCGGCUCUGAGGGAAGCACUGUCUAAGCAAGGAUAUAAAUUAAUUGGAAGUCACUCUGGAGUGAAGCUUUGCCGAUGGACCAAGUCGAUGUUACGAGGGAGAGGAGGUUGUUACAAGCACACGUUCUAUGGUAUUGAGUCCCAUCGCUGCAUGGAGACUACCCCCAGCUUGGCCUGUGCAAACAAGUGUGUCUUCUGCUGGAGACAUCACACCAACCCUGUGGGCACAGAGUGGCGCUGGAAAAUGGACCCUGCAGAGGAAAUCCUGCAGGACGCCCUGGAAAAGCACCAGAACAUGAUACGGCAGUUCAGAGGUGUCCCUGGAGUGAAACCUGAGCGGUAUGAGGAGGGUUUGUCCGUCAAGCACUGUGCCCUGUCCUUGGUGGGCGAGCCAAUCAUGUAUCCGGAAAUCAACACAUUUCUUCGCCUCCUUCACUCUAAUAGGAUCUCUAGUUUCCUGGUCACAAAUGCACAAUUCCCAGAGGAAAUCAGGAACCUGGUGCCAGUCACUCAGUUGUACGUCAGUGUGGAUGCCAGCACCAAGGAUAGUCUGAAGAAGAUUGACCGGCCACUUUUCAAGGACUUCUGGCCUCGAUUCCUCGACAGCCUCAGGGCUUUGGGAGAGAAGAGACAGAGGACAGUUUACAGACUGACGCUGGUGAAAGCCUGGAAUGUGGAGGAGCUGCAGGCCUACUCGGAGCUCAUCGCUCUGGGACAACCCGACUUUAUCGAGGUUAAGGGUGUGACGUACUGCGGGGAGAGCUCUGCCAGCAGCCUGACCAUGGCGAACGUUCCCUGGCAUCAGGAGGUGGUCGCCUUCGUCCGGCAGCUGGCUGACAUGCUGCCUCACUAUGAGAUCGCCUGUGAGCAUGAGCACUCGAACUGUUUGCUCAUUGCACACACUAAGCGCUGUUCUCCACCAUCCCAUUCUGCAAGGAGUGAUAGUUGUUUGUUCAAGGUGAAUGGUGAAUGGUGGACAUGGAUCAACUACGACCGCUUCCAGGAACUGGUCCAGGCUCACGACGACAGCGAAGGACAGCAGAGCUUCUCGGCUUUGGACUAUGUUGCCAAGACCCCCAGCUGGGCUCUGUUCGGGGCAAAUGAGCAAGGGUUCGACCCGGCCGACACGCGCUUUCAGCGACGCAACAAAACCAAAGAUAUCUCUGGAUGCUAGUACUAAAGGUGAAAUAUUUUGGAGGGGGUGAAUGAAUUGAACGAGCUGCCGCGACUCAGUGAAAAAUGCAUAAAUGCUGGGUUUUAUUUUUAUCUUUAGAGAUUCUGUGAACCUUCUCCGUCUUACUUGUUGUAUUUGGACCGUUAAAUGUAUUUGCACCACAACAUGAUGAACAUUAAAACUACUAACCUUUGUCUCCAUA